AUGAGCGGCUUCAAGGGUCUCGUCAAGGAUGGCUGGCACCCCAAGGGCAACGACGGCGGCCGCGAGAGCUGGAGGGGAGACUUCAAGGGCAUCAACCAAGUGGCCGGAUGGGUGGGAAAAGGGAAAAGCACUGGAACCACGGCCGAGCCUCCGCGCGCCAGUAGGCCUAUAUCAAGUCUAAGAGACCCUGCCUCCUUUGGACGGCCGCCUCAGCGAGGACAGCCGCAGCAGCAGCAGCAUAAUGAAGCUGCUGCUGUGAAACCUGCUCCGCCCCCUGUGCCUCGUCGAGCAGAUACUUCAGGUACCUCGACCUCGACAUCAAUGCCGACGAACACGCUGCUACCACCGCCCCCUCGACGGGCCAACGAUGCGGGUUCCACCAAGACUAAACCGUCUCUACCGCCCAGACUACCUCCUCGUCGCGAGACUGCUGCUGAACAGACUCGUCACGACUCUCCUCCCCCUGCUUAUGAACUUGCUGCCAACCCUGCCACCGCUGCUACUGCUGCUGCAGGCAGAUUAGGCGCCAUAGGGGUUUCAGUGCCUGCGCUUGGAAUCAGUGGAACCCAGUCUCAGGGCCAGGGCCAGGGCCAGGCCCAAGUGCAGAUUCCCCCAGAAGCCUCACACGCCGUGACCUCUGUAGCCCAAAGCGAACUCCAACAGCGGUUCAACCAGAUGAGCCGUUCCGUCCCUCCUCCCCAUCCUCCUCCCACUGCUUCCACCACCUUACAACCUCCUCCUCCGCAACGAAGUUUAUCAGACAACCCCCACUCCUCAUCAUCCAGCUCUCUAAACUCCUUCCGCGAACGCCACAAUGACCACAUCCAAGCUGGCAUGAACAAGCUUAACGGCCUCGACCAGAAAUACGGCAUCUCAAAGAAAAUAAACAGUUUCAUCGAGGACCAAAAAUCUCCUGCUUAUCCACAGGGACAGCAGCCCCAGCAACAGCAACAGUGUCAAUACCAGCAUACUCCCACUCCGCCUCCGCCACCGCAUCCGUCAAAUCCAUAUUCCAACCCUGACGGCAGCUCUUCCAAGCCGGAUCUGAAUAAUCGCAAACCUCCGCCGCCACCACCACCAAUGAAGCCUGGCUCCCUUGCUUCCAAUGCCGUCAGCCAUUCUCCUUCUCCGCCACCGUUGCCUCUUAACACCAAGCCGCGGUGA